CAGCCUUCAGUGCAGUCGUCACUCCCGUCUGGGUACCUGCUCCCCGGUGUCCUGCGCCCGGCGGGCUGGCGUCAGGCCCGAGGAAAGCGGAGCAGGACUGCGGGCCUAGGUGUCAAGUGUCGCGGCGGCGCCCACACGGCGAGAAUCGGGAGAAGGAGGAGACAGCAAGGAUAGGCCCAGGAGCAAUGGCGUCCCAAGAGGAACACGCAGUAAAAAAUCUCAACACGGAAAAUACUGACCAGGAAAAUAAAAAAUAUGAUGAAAAGGAGCAAAAUACUAAUAAAGGAGAGCCCUUGGCCCUCUCUUUGGAAACUGGUGAAUAUUGUGUGCCUCGAGUAAAUCAUAGGCGGUUCCGUGUUAGGCAGCCCAUCCUGCAGUAUAGGUGGGAUGUGAUUCAGCGGCUUGAAGAGCCACAGGGAAGGAUGAGAGAAGAGAAUAUGGAAAAGAUUGGGGAGGAGAUGAGACAACUCAUGCAAAAGCUGAAGGAAAAGCAGUUCAGUCAUAGUCUACAGGCAGUUAGCACUGACCCUCCUCACCGUGACCAUCAGGAUGAGUUUUGCCUAAUGCCUUGAAUCCUGAUAUUAUCCCUGAAAUUAAUAGGGAGACUCUUGCUUUCUAAACUUAAGUGUUCGUGAUAUACGUUUGUUGUAAACCUUUUGAUGUCACUCAUUUCUGGUAUGUCUAUUAUUACUUAGAGUUAAAUGUUGUGUUUUUGACCCAAUCUGUAAGAUUUGGUUAGCAGGAGAAUUUUACCUAUUGCAUGGAAAGAUGCUCAUAUAUUGUGAAACCAAUAAAGCAGUU